AUGGACGACAAGCACGUGCACUCAGACACGCCGACGCAGGCGCAUGUGGAAGAUGGUAACUGCGAUGUCGAAGCUCCUGACUUGCCGGAAAAGUCAGGCGGAUGGGAGCACUCUGUCGAGGACGCUCGAGUUGCCAACGAAAAUGAGCAUAAAAUGUCUGUCAGACAAGCGCUGCUGUCCUAUCGAUGGGCCGUCGCAUGGUCGCUGAUCAUAUCUAUGUCCAUUAUCAUGGAAGGAUAUGACACGAUCCUUAUUGGUAACUUCUAUGGCUAUCCAGAAUUCCGUCGGCAAUUCGGGGAGUACCAUCACGGGAGCGGAUGGCAGGUAGCAGGGAAGUGGCAGUCUGCCUUGGGGGGUGGCGGCAACGCGGGCUGUAUCAUCGGCUCGUUCAUUAAUGGAUACCUUGUCAAAUACUUCGGUUUCAAGAAGGUCUUUGCGGGUUCUCUGUUACUGAUGACGGCAUUUGUCUUCGUGUCGUUCUUCGGAACAACUAUCGAACUUCAAGUAGUCGGUCAAGUCCUCUGCGGGUAA